AUGAUAAUUGUAUAUAAUUAACGGAAAAAACGAUGGUGAAACGCAUUGGAAACCUUGGCGAUUUGGUGAGACGGUGAAAUCCGAACCCGCAUCCCAACAAAGUGAAGUUGGCGCAACGUUUUUCGCGAGUCAAGUGUGGGUCACAAUUCCUAAACUGAAUCAAUAUUCAAUAACCGGUUAUUCCAAUCCAAAUCCCAAUUCCUGAUUGUUAUCAUUUUUCAAGCAAGUGAGCCAAAGCUGCCAAGUUAACUUGGUUGCAUGCGAAGAACCAGAAAUAUGAGACCAAACAUCGUUUCCGAGGCAGGGUUGCCUACUAGGAUGAAUCAAUGGUGGGAAAGCAUUCCAUUUCUCACUUCUGCAGUGGUGGUUGUCUGUGGAAUCAUUUACUUGGUUUGUCUUUUGGUUGGAUACGAUUCCUUCGCCGAGGUUUGCUUCUUGCCGUCCGCAGUUGUAUCGCGGUUUCAAGUUUACAGGAUUUAUACCUCCAUUAUUUUCCAUGGUUCACUGCUUCAUGUUCUCUUCAACAUGAUGGCUUUAGUUCCCUUGGGCUCUGAGCUGGAGAGGAUCAUGGGCUCAGUUCGCUUGCUUUAUGUCACUAUUUUGUUGGCUACAAGCAAUGCCAUAUUCCAUCUUCUCAUAGCACUGCUGGUGGCACACAAUCCUUUUGUUACAUAUGAUGAUCUCAUGAAUCAGUGUGCAAUAGGCUUCUCAGGGGUUCUAUUUUCAAUGAUUGUUAUAGAAACAAGCUUGAGUGGAGUUCAAUCCAGGAGUGUGUUUGGAUUGUUUAAUGUGCCUGCCAAGUGGUAUGCAUUCUUUUUAUUGGUAGUGUUCCAGCUUCUCAUGCAAAAUGUCUCACUACUUGGACACCUUUGUGGCAUUUUAUCGGGGUUUGCUUAUACAUAUGGCUUGUUUAAUUUCCUCAUACCUGGGACAUCUUUUUAUUCUUCCAUUGAAGCCUCCUCAUGGCUAUCAUCAUGUGUGAGGCGUCCAAAAUUUAUUGUUUGCACCGGUGGAAAUCCUUCAGGUUAUAUUCCUACACAUACAAGCCAAAAUUCAACAACCAGUGGAUUACUUUCUGGAAAUAUUUGGAGGAACCUAUCAUCAUUGAUGCCUCAAAGGGAAGUGUCUACUCAGUCAACUGAGGGCAGUAGGUUCCCUGGGACGGGAAGGACCCUUGGCUCUGGUCAAGGUCAAAUGGGAUCUCAUCGGCAUUCAGAUUCAAACCUUCAAGCUAGACUUUUGGAGGAUAGCAGUCCCAAUAACCCUGUAGAUUCAUCCACUCGUAGUGCUACUCAACAGUUUUCAGAAGCAAGGCAUUCAGUUGAGAAUGUUGCCACAGCAACUGCAGGUGUUCCACAACAUCAGGGGGCAGUUGCUUCGGAAGAGGGGAUUAGAAAACUUGUAUCGAUGGGCUUUGAUAGGACGCAGGUGGAAGUGGCGUUGGCAGCUGCUGAUGGCAAUCUCAAUGUGGCAGUGGAAAUACUCAUGAGCCAGCAGGGUUGAAAAGUUUCUUUUGGAUUCUCGGAGACUUCCCUGACACAGUUAUUUGAGUGUUGCGCUUUGUUCUAUCACUGUCUGUGUUUAAUCUUGGACCCUACCACUAACAGUUCGCUGACACCUGAUACCCAUGCUAAAGCCAAUUAGCAGAAUUGAACAUAUGUAAAUGCUACAAGAAAUAUUAAGGAAUUCGAUGUUUUAUUGAGGACAUAGUGAACAUUUUGUUUCGCUAGAUAUUUUUUUCCCUUUCUCUUUUCCCUGUUCAACAUGUUUACAGAUAUAAAUAAAUAUAUACACAAUGCCUCUAA